AUGACCAAGGCCGAAAAAGAGAAACGCAAGAGUAAGGGCCAUGAGGUACCCUAUCGAAAAGACGGAUUCAUAUGCAAGCGCAGAAUACGACCUUACACUCGACACCGGGACUUGGUCGGAAUGCACGCCUGCUGGCAUUGCAGUCUUUCCAGUCUAAAGACACAAGCCGAGGAAGACCUGCAAAGACUUCUUGCGGAUGAAAACCGAACGGAAAUGGAGGUGGAGCGUAAAAGAAACAGGAUACAAGAGCUGAAGAAGCAAAUUAUGGAUACCGGGCGCCCCCAAAAGGAGGACACGUUGACACUGCCCAAGCAAUUGAAAAAAGCUCUUGAGUGGUUGGGCAAACGACAUCCUGAAGUCGAGGAACAGCCAAAAGACCCGUCCGCCUCGCCCUCAGCCGAUUUGCCCACUACGAGUGAUCGAGAGCCUUCUCUCCCUGCAGCGACAAACAAGGGGAAGGGGAAAGCGGUUGCGAAAACAGGCGUGUUGGAUGUACCAUCCGAGGCUUCUAGGUCUUCUCCGUUCCCUGGAGCGGACCGUACCUCUGAUGCUGAGAUGGAGGAUGCGGAUAGCAAUGAGGUGGCGGCUACGGAACCAGCCGACGAGACGGCUCUUGCAAUAGCCGCAAUCACUUCGGCCGAGGCGUCUCGUGAAAGAGCCGAAGUCAUUUCGGCUUUGCGUCGAUUCUGGAGGUGGAGUGAUCGAUUGUAA